AUGUUUUUUAUUUGCACUAUAUCAAGCAAGCCAAUUUCAUCGUCUUCGGAUGAAGAUAACAAUGAGAUACAACAAGACCAAAAUCGUCGUAGUUUCGACGAAAUAUUACGAUCUAAUCAUCGAACUAACGCAGUAAAUGAUGACGACGAAAAAAGUGAAUCUCAACCUGUAGAAGUAGAAUCUGAAAGCGACGAUGAUGAUGAUGAUGAUGACAAACCCAUGGAAGAUGUUCGAAGGAAGAGUGAAAUUACUAGUGACGAUGACAAUAGUGAUGAUUUAAUUGACACUAUUGAAGAAAAUAAAAUUGAACAAUCUCUUCGAAGUAUUCAAGCAUCCGAUGAUUCAAAUGACGAUGAUGAUGAAUAA